GGUGUCUUUAUUUUUCAGUUCUCGAAGACGGGCUCUCUGUAAUGCUUUGGUCAUGAAGAAACAAGGAAUACUGAAUUGUUGUUUUACAAUGGAGAAAACAGAGGGACAAAUACCAGCACUGUGGCUUCCACCUUGUUGCUUAUCUCUCUGCAGACAUGUGUCCCAAAUGCUCUCUGGGCUGUAUUAAGGAAAGGAAAAUCUUAGACAUUACAAUAUCUGCUUUCUUACAUCGUCUUUUCCAAUUUUACAUCCUAUAACCCCUUGGUGAAAGGAGGAACAAUGACUUUAUAUAGCUACUGUUUGAUUCUUUUGCUAUUUACCUGGAACACCGCUGCCUAUGGGCCAAACCAACGGGCACAGAAGAAGGGAGACAUUAUUCUUGGAGGAUUGUUCCCCAUCCAUUUUGGAGUGGCUGCUAAAGACCAGGAUCUAAAGUCAAGACCCGAAUCAGUGGAGUGCAUAAGGUAUAAUUUCCGAGGCUUCCGCUGGCUCCAGGCUAUGAUCUUUGCCAUAGAAGAAAUAAAUAAUAGCCCAAAUCUCCUUCCCAAUAUGACCUUGGGAUACAGGAUAUUUGACACUUGCAAUACAGUCUCUAAAGCCCUUGAGGCCACUCUGAGUUUUGUGGCCCAGAACAAGAUAGACUCCUUGAACCUGGAUGAAUUCUGCAACUGCUCAGAACAUAUCCCUUCCACCAUUGCAGUCGUGGGGGCAACCGGCUCUGGGGUUUCCACCGCUGUGGCCAAUCUGCUGGGACUCUUUUACAUACCUCAGGUCAGCUAUGCUUCAUCCAGCCGUCUGUUGAGCAACAAGAACCAGUUCAAGUCCUUCCUCCGCACAAUCCCCAAUGACGAGCAUCAGGCCACUGCGAUGGCAGACAUCAUUGAGUACUUCCGCUGGAACUGGGUGGGAACGAUUGCAGCUGAUGAUGACUACGGCCGACCAGGGAUUGAAAAGUUUCGGGAAGAAGCGGAGGAGAGAGACAUCUGCAUUGAUUUUAGUGAGCUCAUCUCCCAGUACUCGGAUGAAGAAGAGAUUCAGCAGGUGGUGGAGGUUAUCCAGAACUCCACAGCACGAGUGAUUGUGGUUUUCUCCAGUGGACCAGACCUGGAACCCCUCAUUAAGGAGAUUGUCAGGCGAAACAUCACUGGCAAGAUCUGGCUGGCAAGUGAAGCCUGGGCCAGUUCAUCCCUGAUAGCCAUGCCAGAGUUCUUCCGUGUCAUCGGCAGCACCAUUGGCUUUGCACUGAAGGCAGGCCAGAUCCCAGGCUUUCGUGAGUUCCUGCAGAAGGUGCAUCCCAAGAAGUCUGCCAACAAUGGUUUUGUCAAGGAGUUUUGGGAAGAGACGUUUAACUGCUAUCUCCCCAGUGAGUCCAAAAAUUCUCCAGCUUCCGCUUCCUUCCACAAGGCCCAUGAAGAGGGCUUGGGAGCUGGAAAUGGUACAGCUGCCUUCCGACCUCCAUGCACAGGUGAUGAGAACAUCACCAGUGUGGAGACACCGUACAUGGACUUCACGCAUUUGCGAAUAUCCUAUAAUGUAUAUUUGGCGGUAUAUUCUAUUGCUCACGCUUUGCAGGAUAUAUAUACUUGCACUCCUGGCAAAGGACUCUUCACUAACGGAUCCUGUGCAGACAUUAAGAAGGUUGAGGCAUGGCAGGUAAGUCCUCUAUCAGUAUUAAAGUGUGCCUAAGCAAUAUGUUCAUAG